UUUGCCUUUCAGCAUUUAUACUUCUUGCCGUGCUGUCGUCCAGCGCUUUCUGAGCAAAGAUGUCGGCGGCAGAACCCUUCCUUGUACCAAGACAGUACAGUACGCCGGUCAACGGCACAUCUUUGCUUCCUUUGUUGUUGCUGUCCCUCGCAAGACAAAGACAGUCCCCAAUUACGACGAAGAGUGUUAAGAAAGAAUAUGAUUACGUCAUAAUUGGUGCUGGUUCCGCUGGAUCUGUGGUCGCAAACCGUCUUACCGAAAUACCCUGUGUCAACGUGCUGCUUAUAGAAGCUGGUUCUCCCCCGCCGGUGCUAACGGAUGUCCCAGUUUUUGCAAGAGAGUCUUGGUACACGCCUUAUGACUGGUUUUAUCGUACUGCACCACAAGCGCACACUGGAAAUGGUCUCGUCGGCAGGCAACUAGUAUAUCCCAGAGGUAAAAUGUUGGGUGGCUCUAGCACCAUGAACCACAUGGUUUACGUCAGAGGAAAUCGUCACAACUACGACAACUGGGCUGCACUUGGAGCUAAAGGCUGGAGCUACGAUGAAGUUCUUCCUUUUUUUAAGAAACUGGAAGACAACAGAGAUUCAGAUAUCGUAGCAGAUGGUUAUCACAGUGUUGGAGGACCAAUUACUGCAAUGAGACCUACCUACACAACGGAGACCAAGCCAUCGAUGAUACAAUCAGCAGCAAAUCUCGGUUAUCCAAGCCUCGACAGCAACGGACCCCGACAAACAGGUUUAUAUGACCACCAAGCAACUGUUCGAAAUAACCAACGAUGCAGCACAGCAAAGGGAUAUUUAGUUCCAGCUGAAAACCGUACUAACCUGGAUAUUCUGCCAAACGCCAUGGUCACAAAAAUACUACUCGAAAACAAAAGGGCUACAGGUGUUCAAUUCGAUUAUAAAGGUGCAAGCUACGUAGUUCAAGCAAGAAACGAAGUCAUUGUGUCUGCAGGGUCCUUGAAUACUCCUCAGCUUUUGAUGUUGUCUGGCAUUGGACCCAGCGAGGAGUUGAAUAAGUUCAACAUACCUGUCAUAGCAGAUCUUCCAGUUGGAAAAAAUUUACAAGAUCAUGGUGGACCCAAUCUUGAUUUCGUAGUUAAUAUUCCAAUUCAGACAUCUGGUGAAAAGCAGAAAAACAGCUCAGUUGUUAAACAGUACAUUUACAAGCGAUCAGGGGAACUGGCAGCAGCUGAUGGGGAAAUAGUCCAGUUGUUUUUACCUAGCACCUAUGUUCCACCUGGCGAAGACAAUCCUGAUUACCAGUCCCAUUUCAGCGAAACAACCACCGAUAUUGCCAAGAAGUACUUCGGUCUCACUCCCGAGGUAUAUAAUCAAGUUUAUAAGCCUUAUGAAGGUAAACCGUUGAUAUCUUGCUACACAACUUCGAUUCAACCAAAAAGUCGAGGAACUGUAACUAUACAGUCAGUAAAUCCAUACGAUGCGCCUAUUGUUGAUCCAAACUACUUCGAUGAUCCUCAAGAUUUGGACGUCGUUGUUCAAGCUAUGUUAACGUGCUUGCGAGUCGGUACAACACCACCGUUGGGCAACAUCGUGACCCGCAUCCAAACCCUUUUCCCCGGCUGCGAACAGUACGCUGGAAAUGAUCCCGAAUACUUCAGAUGCCAAGCGCAGUCCGUGAUAACAACAAUCUUCCAUCCUGUGGGUACGGCAAAGAUGGGAGAUCCAUCAGAUCCGACCACAGUCCUGGAUCCAGAGUUGAGGGUCAAAGGAAUUGAUGGCUUAAGAGUGGUCGAUGGUUCUGUUAUGCCAACGAUUACGUCAGGCAACACCAAUGCGCCAAUUAUUAUGAUUGGCGAGAAGGCCUCAGACAUCAUUAAGCAAAGCAUUGUCUGUACAAGUUCGCCAAAUAACACCGCCAACAAUGAUAUCGCCAAUAAUGUCUUAUUUUAUGCUUGAAAUUCUUGAUGAUGUUCUUUCCUUCGUAUAAGGUACAAAUUUUCACAAGAUGUUCGAAAAUUAUUUAUUUUUGUAAUUUUUUAAAAAUUUUCUAAUCUUUUAGAAUUUUAUAUUCAACACAAUUAUAUAUAAAAAAAGCUAAAUUGUUGGUUUGUUAUUUGUGAGCUAAUAUAUAUAAAAAGUUCUAUUAAGGCGAAAUUAAACUUACAAAAUUGUUUGUUUAUAAUUGUGAACUAGUAAGUGCAAAAAGUUCAAUUAAAGCUCAAUUAAGAUUACCCAAUUGUUUGGUUAUUAUUUGCUAAAUAUCAAAUAUAAGAGUUCAGUUAAAGUAAAAUUGAACUGUUUGUUUUUUAUUUAAGAACUAGUAUAUGCAAAGAACUCAAUUGAAGCGAAAUUGAACUUACCCAAUUGCUUGUUUCUUAUUAUUUGUGAACUAAAAAAAGUGAAGAGCUCCUACUAAACCGCAAGUACAAUUUCCAAAUUGUUUGCUUACCAUCUGUGAAAUAGUAAGUAUAAAGAGCUCAAUUCGAUUGAAAUUAAACAUAUCCAUUUUUUAUUGUUUUUUUAAUUGUUUUUAUUGUUUGUGAAAUAGUUUAAUGUAAAAAACUCCAUUAAACUUUUUUUAAUUCUGUA